CCGCCGAGCCGGAGCGAGGAAUGGGCGGUCCCGGCCCGUAGCCCCGGGCUGCGGCUGCUCCUCCUCCCGGUCGCAGCGUCUCGGCGGCCUCCGCCCGAUGCUGGCGGAGCUCGGGGUCUCGGCGGCGGCGUUGUGAGCGCUCCGGCCGGGCCGCCGCCGCCAUGUCCGGCGUGGUGCGCACCCUGAGCCGCUGCCUGCUGCCGGCCGAGGCCGCGGGCCGCGCCGGGGAGCAGCCGCGGAGGGACGGCAAGGAGCGGAGCCGCGAUGCCGAGCGGGAGGCGCGGCGGCGCAGCCGGGAGAUCGACGCGAUGCUGGCCCGGGAGCGGCGCGCCGUGCGCCGCCUCGUCAAGAUCCUGCUGCUGGGCGCCGGCGAGAGCGGCAAGUCCACCUUCCUCAAGCAGAUGCGGAUCAUCCACGGCCGCGAGUUCGACCAGAAGGCGCUGCUGGAGUUCCGGGCCACCAUCUACGAGAACAUCCUCAAGGGCUGCAGGGUUCUGGUUGACGCACGGGACAAACUGGGGAUCCCUUGGCAGUACACAGAGAAUGAGAAGCAUGGAAUGUUUCUGAUGGCCUUUGAGAACAAAGCUGGAAUGCCCAUCGAGCCUGCCACCUUCCAGCUCUAUGUCCCUGCCCUGGGUGCGCUCUGGAGGGAUUCAGGAAUCAAGGAAGCCUUCAGCCGUCGGAGCGAGUAUCAACUGGGUGAAUCAGUGAAAUACUUCCUGGAUAACCUGGAUCGGAUCGGUCAGCUGAACUAUUUCCCCAGCAAACAAGAUAUUUUGCUGGCCAGAAAAGCCACGAAGGGGAUAGUAGAGCACGAUUUCAUCAUUAAAAAAAUUCCUUUCAAGAUGGUGGAUGUAGGAGGACAGAGAUCUCAGCGUCAAAAAUGGUUCCAGUGCUUUGAUGGAAUAACUUCCAUUUUGUUCAUGGUCUCCUCCAGUGAAUACGACCAGGUCCUCAUGGAAGACAGGCGCACAAACAGACUCGUGGAGUCCAUGAAUAUCUUUGAGACAAUAGUCAAUAACAAGCUUUUCUUUAACGUUUCCAUUAUCCUAUUCCUCAACAAGAUGGAUCUUCUCGUGGAGAAGGUAAAGACUGUCAGCAUUAAGAAGUAUUUCUCGGACUUCAAGGGCGACCCUCACCGUCUGGAGGACGUGCAGCGUUACCUGGUGCAGUGCUUCGACAGGAAGAGGCGGAACCGCAGCAAGCCGCUCUUCCACCACUUCACCACGGCCAUCGACACGGAGAACAUCCGCUUCGUGUUCCACGCCGUCAAGGACACCAUCCUGCAGGAGAACCUCAAGGAUAUCAUGCUGCAGUGAAGGAGAGCAGCCCCUGCUCUGCUGAAAUUUCGCUGGAGGGUUCCAUCGAAGUUUUUGUCCUUUCUUUACGGCCCUUGCAUGCGGCGUAGGACCCAUGCGAAUUCCUUGGCUCAGGAAUGCUGUACACUAGCCAGUCCAAACAGAGGAGCUAUAGGCCAGAGGAGUCAUGUUGAUGUUAGCUACUGAAUCAUUUGGACUAAAACACUACUGAAACCUGGCCGUGGUAGGUUCUGUACCGAGUUUGGAACGCUGAAUGACACAACCACCAUCUGCCUUCUUGGAGAACAGAAAUCUCUGCCAAACCAUGGAUGGAAGACAUGUUCCAAACGAAUAUGCUCAUUUUUCAGAGACACUAAUUGUACAAACUGCCUUUUUUUUUGUAGUUUGGAGGUGCUGAAUCGAUCAAACUAACCUAAACACGAUGAGAUUGGCAGCUGUAUUGGAGAAUGUUAAUGGAAGUUCCGUUCUUAACCCUUAGGAGUAUAACCAGGUCUUGUGUGUGUGUUCAGCUUUGCCGAGGGUCUAGAAUCCACCUCCCAAGGUGGAUGCACAGCUCUUGUCUGAAGGUUUUGCAUGAGUCUCCUGAGGCAGAAGUCUAAAACUGUGUAAGGAUGCUCAUGUUGGAGUAAAUGGGAUGGGGACUUAGGGCCUCGCUGAUACGGAGAAGGGUUUAUUUUGCACUAUGCAUGGAGGGUGUUACAUCAUGGGAAAACUGAUUUCCUUGGUGCAGCAGCCUGUGCUGGAGCACCCAGCCAUGUAUCUGCACAGUGGAGAUGUGCUCCAUGGCCAGCCAGCACUGUCCUCAAACCCACAGUGGGCAGCAUUUGUGAAGGUUCAGUAUCUCAAGUGACAGGGCUCAUCUGUACUCAAAGUUUGGAAGCUGAUUAAACUCUUUAAGUAAAGGUUUUGGUAGCACAGCAGCUGCUUGAUUAGUUCCCAACAGCUGACCUUGUAGGAAGACUGAACACCCUGGAGAUCCCAGCUUUCCAGCUGCACUGAUGUAUUUGGACAGCAAGACCUUGCUGUAAAAUUAGCCUUUAAUCUGUGUAUUAAUGGGAUCUUCAGCCUAUAGUGAUGCACAUGGAUCUCGGAGCAGAGUCAGAUUUGGAGUUGCCCCUUUGGGCAGUGGUUUGUGUGUAAAAUGACAAGAGGCUGGGAAUAGUUGGGAUGUGAACUCUGAAUUUCCUUGUGCUCUCAAUCUCUGCCAGGUGCCUUUUCUGUGUACAGACAUUGAAUCUUUUCUACUGCAGUGGGGUACAUGGACAAACCGAAGAUUUUGUAGUGCUAUCCUUUAGGUGACUCAAACAUAGUUUACUGUGCAAUUUUUGUCAUAGCUUUUAUCCAAGAAUAAAACCUGAAGGGCUGUUUGUACCCAUAAAAAGUCAGCAGAUUCCCUGGAGUUCUUAUCCCCUUUGAGCCUGUAAUGGCAUGUCAAAACAAGCAAAGUUUUACUUCAGCUGGUAAUCCCAUGGGAAAUGUGGUCAAAGAAAAGUCCUGUUCCGUUGUCCUUUCAUGUUAAUUUGGAUAAAAUCUGGAAUCUUUCUUCCCCUCUGAAGCUUGCAGAUGUUCAUAUCAGUAUUUUUUGUGUAGUUUCCUGAUGUAGCAGCCUCCUGGCUUUCUUUGUGCAGGCUCCAGAGUGGAAAAGCUGUGGCUGUUUCAGUGCCUGUAACAGGCACAGGAGUGAGGUAAGAAGCAACUGAGAAGUUGCAGAUGGGAAAAUCUAACUUAAAUUUCAGCAAACUUAAACAGGAAUUAGCUUCCUUGUAACAAGUCUUAUUUUGCCAGGACCAACUCUGUCUUUUAAAUAUUUAUUAAUUUUUAGCCUUGAAGGGGAAGAAUGUUAUGUGACUAAUAUUCAGAUGGGGGAAAAAAUCUUAAGAUUAUUACCUUUGAAAAGGAAAAUGUUUCACCACAGUGUGAUGCAAACCAGUUUACUCAUCACAUAAGGUUGGUUUCUCUGAGCCCAUUUGUUUGGCUGAAGACUAAGGCUGCUUUCAAAGCUUUCAGAUAUUUUCUGAGUUCUUGGUGGUGGUUUUUGUUUCACACAAGGUGCUGGGAAAGAGGAGGCAGUUGUGGGCUCACCUGACUUCUAGGUUGACUUUAGUUUGCUGUGAGCUUUAUUCUUUCACUGAAUUUUCCAGAUGAGUUAAUAUUAUGCCUGUUUUCUCAAAUUAGUUGAACAUUCCCUUUCAACUGUAUUUUUUCUCAAGAAUUACCUCAGUUUGGUGUCUGAAUCUACUGUAGUUUUACCUGGGAGGCAUAGCAUGGAAUUUCCUGUUCUUUUUUUCUCUUGACACUCAUCCAUGGUUUUGUAUCCUUAGUCACCUUAUGGAUUUACCCUCAACAGAGCUAAUAAUGCAACUUAUAUUUUAAGUAACUUAAAAUCUGCACCUGGAAAAUAAAACAGCAUGAGAGAUCUCACACUGAACUCUCAAGCUGCCUUUUUUUUUUUUUUUUUUUUGUAUGAUAUGGCAGUUUUGCACACUAAGUCAGUUUGAGGGAACCAGUUUGCCCACCUUGGGCCCAUUAUUGCCUUUCUUGUUUUAAUUGAUGAAGUGGGCCUGAGUGUGGGGCUACAGCUGCAGGUGAAAAUCAGUGGUUUGGCUCUGUACUCUUCUUGCCACAGUUGAGGGGGCUGGGGGGUUUUUUCCAAGGUAGGUUGUAGUAUAAUAAAACCAGAAAAUGAUGUUGUGGUAAAUCAGUGAAUUACUAAAGCAGAGCUUAGGUAGAUGAGGUUCUUCACACAUCUCAGGACAGGCCUGGUCGGUUGCUUAGUCCUUUUACCAGAAACAAAUAGAAAACUUUAUUUUAAGUGACAUCCUGGAGAACUUUGCAGGUAAACACAGCUGGAGAGAACAUCUUUUUUUGUUAGUUUUAUAGGUUAUUGUUCAUUUGGCUGGUCAGGAAAUGGGUCACAGGCAGGAUGAUCAUCAGAUGGAGACCUUGAACAAGUACUUUUUUUUUUUUAAAAAGAAAAAAGCAGCUUUUUGCUGUCCCUCCUCUGGGGUCAGUGACAGAGUGUUGCAGAGGGGUUGUCUCUCCUGAGGACAAAGAGAGGAAGCUCUUGCAGUCUGUGCUUGGACAGAGGUUUACGUAAUCCUGGAGUUUAAGGAGAAAAACUAAAUGGGAGUCAUUUAUCCGACACUACUUGGUGUUUGUUGUCCUCAAAACAAGUGUUAAGGUAAUACAGUGUGUCAGCACCAUCCUGCAGAUUGCAGUGCUGUAAGGCUCUGAAAAUCCUUGCAUGCAUUGACUUGGUGGAGUUAAAAAGGAAGGGUGGUUUUCUGGAAGUGACAUAUUCAAUAAGCACUUGUCACUUUAAAGGAACGAAACACUUCUUAAUGUUGAAAAUUAGCUAAUGGUGGUUAUGGAAUUGAAAUUACUGGCCACUCAGUUUUACAAUGCAAAGAUGCUUUCAGUUUCAUGCAGAGAAUGGAUCUUAUUUAAUAUGGCAGCAUAGAUUGACUUACUAACUUGAUAAUUUUUUUUUUAUUGCUGCUGUGUAAAACCUAAAACUAGGCAUGUUACAAGAAUGAAGCUCCUGAAGAUGAGCAUUCCCAGACCUUCUGAGGCAGGUAAAGCUGAGCUGCAGCCAAGCAGGCAGAGUAGAGAAAGUAAUGGGCAAUAAACCAUAGGGAAAUGAAGUAGGAAGAGCUCAUUUGUACCUGGCACUGGAGACAAAAAUAUAAUUCCCCCAGGACAGCUGAAGUGGCAUUUGGUGUGAAAAGUGGUGCAUUUGGAGUGUGUCCCCCCAUCCCCAUGGCUCAUUCCCUCUGGGAGUUCACCCAUCCUGGUUACUGUGAUCUGCAGAGAAAUGUAGAAUUAAAGAGUCAGAAGAACAAUGGUACCACUGAAGAAUCCAGCAGCUUUCUUUAGUGACAGAGCUGCCUUCCACAGAACAGCAUUUUAGAAAACAGGUCCUCUGCUGCCUUUAGAUGGCUGUCUUUGUAUUAACUAUGUUUUAACUUAUAUUAACUUAUGUUUUGGAGUCUUUUCUAUGUGUGUACUUCUUUAUUUCUGGGGGAAAAAUCCUUCUGUGCGUGGAUCUAGAGGAUUUCUCUAAAGGCCCCUCUGAUUUUCAAGCAGUGAGUUUUGACACCUGACUUAGCUUGGCUUCUGUCACCAGAUUUUCAGGAGUACCUGCUGCAUUGAUGGAUGAUUUGAUGUGAGAGACAAACACAAUAUGCAACACCACCUCCACACAGUGCAGUUUGUAUGUAACCCAAACACUGAUCUCAUGAUGAGAACUGUAAGUUUAGCAGCACCCUCUUUUCUGUAUUCUCUUUCUAGUAUAAAAUCACGUGGUGUAGUCAGGGGUUUAAUAUAGCACUGCCAACUCUUUACCUCAUACUCUGUAAUUCUGUUACACAAAGUGGUGGGUGGGGUGUUUCAGUAGCAACUAUAAAACAUCUGUGCCUACUUUUGUAAAUGAGCUUUUAACAGUUUUUUAGGGAGCAUCCAUUAUGGAUCAGGAAGACUGGCGUGGUCUGGGCCAGACUUGGCCUGAAUUAUUGCUGACUCCACACAGUUCUAGGUGAGGACUGUCUAGCCUAGUGAGGGAUAAUUGGUAAUGCAAGACCUAGUGCUUUUUAAUAAUACCUGUUUUGUAAUUAGCUGGGGUGAUCUCUGCUUUGUGCUGUGACGUGGGCACUGCUUUGUUUUAACACUAAUCUUUUCUUACAUAGAUGGAAAUGAGUAAAGCCAGGAGAUUUGGAGCUGAAACUGCUAACCAGGUGAUGCUGCCUCUUUGCUCAUCGUGGUGGUUGGGCAGUUCAGCUCCAUCCUUGACAUUUUUAUCUUUCUAAUGGCAUUUGGAAAGCGGUGUUGAAGUUUGUCUGUGUGUUGAUAUGCUUGUGUUCUUACUGGGUGGGGAGUGUGGAGGUUCUAGAGGGUCAGUGCUGGUGGUUCUGUGCCUGGCUUCAGGAGCUGUCCCAGCCCAGCUCUUGGCCUGUGACUGAAGGUCAUAUCUUCUGUCUGGUGUGAAAAUAGUCAGAGGGGGGGAAAUGAGCAGCACUGACUUCCAAGGUGGGCAUUCUGGUUAAAAAAAAAAAGCCAAAGUAUGUUGGAGGGAAGCAGGAGAAGGGAGCUAGUUUCUAAACAGAUCCCAAAAGCUGAUGGUGCUUGAAGACUGUAUUGAAGUGAAAUGCCAUGUGCACUGACCCAAAAGCUUUGGGUGACUCCAGAGAGCCAUUGACUGUGAAUUAGGAGCAGCAGGCUGGCAAUGCUGGCCCUGCCAUUGGAAAUCUCACUGUUCAUCUGUUCAUCACUGGCUGCUAAAACUCAAUUUUGAUAAAAUACAGUAUGCAGAUCUCUGGUCAGACAGUGCAUCUUACUCCUUCCUGACACCUGCUUAAACUUUCUUCAAGAUACCAGAGCAUGAGAAGGUAAGAGGCUGUUUCCAUUCUUUGAAUAAAAACUACAACUGAUGGAGAGCAACUUAUUAAAAUAAGUAGGACCCGAGAGAGCAUCUUUUGAGGGAAGUGUCAGGUUUUGAGUAGCACAACUUCUCUGCUGUUACUUCCCAUCAAUCUCUUGUGCAGGUGGUUGGGCACAAAGGCUGAGAGGAGAUGGCAGGGAGCAGGGGGAUGUGGAGGAGAGAGGAUCUGGUGGGAGCUCAAGAGACUUGGGAAGGUGGUUGGGUGGACUUAGGUUUGGAGAGGGGUGUUCAGAGUCCUGAUUGCAUUGAAGCCAUGAACCCUCUGUAGGAUAGGGAGUGUUCCUCCAGGUUGUGUUGUCUGGAAUGUGGAAUGGGCUUGAAUUGAUGAUACAGAUUUAAACUAUUUCUGGAGACUCCACUGAGCAGCAGUGCUGGUGUUUCUCACUCUAGUGAGGAGUUGUCUUGUUUGUGGAAUCAAAAUGUGCAGAAGCAAACUGACAAACACCAGGGUGUCUGUGACACGACCACAUAGCUUAGGAAGCCAAGUGAUGUUACCUUUUAUUCUGCAAUGUACUUGCUCUCUGGUGCCUAUGCAUUAACACACAUACUAUGCAAUAUCAGUCUUUUUUUUAAACCAGUUCACUACAUUGGGCAAGAAAGGCCUGAGUUUAGCCUUAAUUUUCUUAACAAUUCACAGGAACGUACCUUAAAAACAGUUACAAACUAAAAGAAGGUGGAAAAUGCAUAAAGUAAAAGCACAGUCCCAGACUGCUCACAUAAGUGUCUUUCUAGCACCAAAACAGCAUCCGUGAUAGAAGCAGCUACUUGCUGUAAUAGUUUCAACUUAUGAAAACUGUGUACUAGAUAAAAUUAUAUUGUGAUGUGUAAAAAGUGUAUUUUAUAGCUUUGGUGACUUAGUUUACUGUUUUGUAUAUAUGAAUUUUAUAAAUCUAUUAAAACUUGACUUGUUAUACUGUU